AUGGCUAAAACUAUUUCCUCCAAUAAAACUGAGAAAUCCUCAGCUGAGAUAACCUAUUACUUAACCUUCGAGGACUAUUUAAAACCGAAAAGUGUUAAGAAACCCAAUCAACUACUAUUCAAUCAAAAUAGUUCUACCAAUUCUCAAAUGCGUUUAAAACUAUUGGAACAUCCAGUACUAAUAGCGGGCCGCAAGUCCAACUAUCAACUGCUGAAGGAAAAACUGCAAAAACUAUUUCACUCAAAAAAGAAGAGAACACUUAAGCUCCCUACCAACUCCAGCUGUAAAGUCGACAUAUCCAAAAUUGCCUCCAUAUGGCAUAAUAAAACCUUUAAUAAACCCUCCCGCUUAGCCCUGGGCAGUAUACAACUGCCCGCCUUUUUGGCUUUCCUUAAGGCACGCAAUGAUGAUGGUUUGUGCAAACGUAAAUCGGGUUUUGAAAUCUAUUGUGAAAUGGCUAGUAUUCAUGGUUUUAUUAAUUUUGUGGGCGCCACCACUUGGCAGCGGGCAUUUUGGUUUCUGGUGGUUCUAACUGCGGUUGUAAUGUCCGGAUUUAUUCUAUUGCUGUCUCACUUUAUGAACACCAAUACACCCACCAUCUUAUAUUCGGAAAGUACACAAUAUCCCACUUGGUCUAUACCCUUUCCGGCGGUUACCAUUUGUAAUUUGAAUCGUAUUUCGAAGAGGAGGGCAGAGUAUUUGGCACAAAAAUUCGAAAAAACUAGCAACAUGUCGAUUCCGGAACUAAACGAUUACUUCAAUUCAGCACUAGCUACAGCUUUCAACCUUAAAGCAACUACUGGCGACCAAAAAACCCUAACCGCUCUACUAAAGCUUAACAAUUACUCGUUACCACAACUCUUAAACGAACUAACACCCAAUUGUGAGAACGAGUUACUAAGAUGUAAAUGGCAGGGCCAUUUUAUAAGAUGUAAACAUUUGUUUCAAAAAAUACAAACAGCGUACGGAUCCUGCUGUUCCUUUAACUAUAAAGCUUUACAGAAAACCACAAACAAACGCACGGAUUAUGUAAAGAAUCAUUAUUUAGAAUAUAGCACCAGUUGUGGUUAUAAAACGGGGCUAUCGGUACUAUUAGAUCCUCAUUUGGAAAAUUAUAAGGCUAGUUUAACUUUGUCGCCAGGCUUUCUGGUUUUGAUACAUGACUCUCACGAUUUUGCCGAUACGUCCUCCCUGAAACGUAUAAUACAGCCCUCAACCUUUAAUAAAAUUCAUGUUUUACCUCAGCAAACUCAUGCCACGUCGUACAUAGCUAGGGAAUCUUUACAUAAGAGAAAAUGUUAUUUACCUUGGGAGCGGCCAAUGUACUAUUUUGGUUCCUACUCUCAGGUUAACUGUUUGGCCGAAUGUCGUUCUUUAAAGUUAUAUCAAAAGUGUAAAUGUUCUUUGGCUAAUUGGCCUAGAAAGGACAAUUGGACAGUGUGUGGCUUGGAGGAGAGUAAAUGUUAUUUGAAAUUGAAAGGUUUGAUUUCAGCUUUAUUGGUUGCAGAAAUCAAUUUAUCCAAGAAUCAUCAUAUUGGGGAUCAGUUUAUGUGUGAUUGUUAUCCUUUGUGUGACUUUAAUAUGUAUAGCAUAUCAAUGGAUUCGGGGAGGCUAAUGAGAAAAUAUUCCUUAACCGAUCUACGGUUUUUCAAAGACAUAAAUACUACCAAUCAUAUAUUGCUGCAUGUAUUUUUUGGUGAACUUUAUGCGGAACGUUUGCGCCUGGAUGUCUAUGAAAAUUGGUUAUCGUUUAUAGGCACCUUUGGUGGUAUAACGGGUCUUUAUAUGGGUUAUAGUUUUGUUUCAGGUUUUGAGUUAAUUUUCUUUGUAUUUGUGCGACCCGCUUGUAAUUGGUUAACUAAAAAACAAAUAAGAUAUCGUAUUAAAAAGCGUCAACAAAAAGCGCAAAAAGAAGCAGAACAUAGAAAACAAUUAGAAGAGGAAAAGGCUAAGCAGGAACGUAUAGAAGCAUUUCUACGUAUGCGUCCUUAUUGCCCCGAAUAUGUAGGUUAA